AUGAGUGAUCUGGAAGAUAGUUAUUUCAGGGAUAGAAUCCCCGAGAAACCAAACCUGACCAAACGUUUGCAAACACACAAAAAACAAAAAUUUCGAAAAGAAUGGAUGGAUCAUCAAGAUUUUAAAGUUUGGCUCGCUCCAGUUAUAGGUGAACCACUUAAAGCAAAAUGUAAAUUAUGUGUUAUUGAUUUAACAGCAGAAUUAACAGUUUUGAAAAAACAUCAAACUUCACAAAAACAUAAAUUAUCUGUCGUUCAACCAAAAAUAUAA